GGGAAUAUAACUGCUAUCCUGUCUAUCUUCUAUUUCAUCAGGUGGCAGAAGUACCGGGGUCGAAAAUCUCUGGGGAUGAAUAUUGACAUCGACUAUAUUGUGCAACUUGUUUAUUAUAAUCAUGUUAUUGGCAUGGGUAAUGCACAUACAUCAACUGCAAGUUUCGCAAUGGACCUGAGUAAAUAUCCGUUACCAGAGACAGUGCUGGUGCAUAUUCUGUCAUUUGUGGAUGGGAAAGAUCUUUUAUUAAAAUGUUCCCGCGUCUGUCAAACAUGGAAACGCCUCAUCGACAGCCAGACUUUGUGGAGAACCAAGUGUGAACGAGCUGGAUUUUACUCCACGGACCUCCUUCCUUCGCCACCGGACGAUUUCAAAAAGUACUUUUUUCAGAACCCAUACAAUCGCAAUUUGAUAAAGAAUCCUUGUGCUUUAGAGAACUUCAGUCACUGGAAAGUUGACCAAAAUGGUGGUGAUCGGUUUAGGAUAGAGGAAAAGCCAUGUGGCAGUCAUCCUUUGGAAAACUUUACUGAUGUCAAAGGUCAAUAUAAAUGUUGGGUGACAUCCUACGGCUGGUGUGAAAAGCAUCAAGUGAUUGACCUGAUAUCUGAGGGAUGUUCUCCAAAAGUCCUUGAUGAAAUGAGGCCAGAGAUACAGGUGUCUGAGUGGUAUGCAGGAAGAUUUGACUGCAAGAUGGUAUAUCAGAUUAAGGUGAAACUACUAGAUGAAGAAUCAAAAGAGCUAAAGAAAUGGUCCUUUUCGGACCAUAAGCCAGCAGGCAAAGAUUGGUUCAAGGUUGAUCACAUUUUUACAUCCUAUCCCAAGGGACUAAGGUUCAUCACAUUUAAACAUAAAGGCAAAGAUGAGCAGUUCUGGGCAGGCCACUAUGGAUCGAAGUUUACAAUGGCUUGUGUCAGAUUUAAUCUCAGCCACAGGUCUGGGGAAAAGACUUCCGAAUCACAACGAGAGUCGAAUUCUGAAUACUCCUCUUCAUCUUCAUCCGAGGAUGAAUACAGCGAUUGAUGAUGCACUUUGCCACUCAAAAGGGUAAUGGCAGAGCUAGUGGACUACCAUAUGUCUUUGAGUAUAGGAAUGUUCAUCCUAUGUAAUUUCAUUGUGAUUCAACUUUCAAUGAUUACUAGUAUAUAUACCUUGAACAACUUGCCAAUUACAGUGUAUUUAAUAGCAUAUCAUGUAUCUAAUCUGGGUGUACAAAAACACUGACUCUAGACUUGAUACUUUUAACAGAUAAUAAUUCUAAUGUUAAAAUACUGUUUUACUUUUUAAAUUUACCUGGUACUUAAAUACAUGUAUGUUGUAAAAAGUACAAAUUUCAAAAACUGUCAAUACCUGUAUAUGCACUGAUAAAUUUUAAAUGAUUACUUUUAUUACAUAAUUACUUUUAUAAUACCAAUCUCAGUUGUGGAUUUUUUUUUUCAAACCACUUUCUACCUGUUAUAUAUUUCCUUCAGUAUAGUCAUAAUACCAUAUUAGGCUACUUUAUUUGCAAUAACUUACAAUAUCAUGUAUCUACUAAAACACAAAGUUGCAAUUAUAGUCACGUUGUUUGUAUUAUAAUUACCUAUUUUACGGAGAAAGUUUAUAUUGACAAUGUCAAUAACCAUAAGUUUUGUAGGUUAUAAAACGUUGAAAUAGAAAAAAUGCAUAAUUAUCGUUAACGAUAACAACUCUUCCAAAGUACUGGUACAUGUACAUGCUACUACAGGGGUAUUAAUAAUAUGUAUCAUAAUUAAGAAACUCGCUGGUUUUGAAUGGACGUGUCAAGUUACACAAUAUGAUAUUUGUUCCUACCUCGUUUACCUGUAGAUCUUCAAUAAAACUAAGCAAUUACAUGUACUUGUUCAGAUUAGUAUUGUUUUUUGUUUACAUGUUUUUGUCUUUUGAUCAGCAUGUAUGUGUGAAAUUUUUAGUUAUUGUUUUGUCUAUACUAUACUGUCAAGCAAACAGAGAGUACAAUUAAAUGUAGUUAGAAAAGUCUGUAAUAGAUGUGUCCGAUUAUCUUGUGUUUGUUUUAGUUCUGUUAUUGUAGUCCCUGACUUAUGCAAACUCGAUUAAAACAUUUUACAAAUACCUGUUUGUUUUCACAAAUGAAUACCAGCAAUAAAGUUCACAUUUAAAAAUACAGAUUUACACAGUAAACAAAAUUAUGAUAUGAAGUUUAUGCAUCUUAAGCAAACUUCAUAGUUAAAACUAUAAAUGUCCCAGUCCCAGAGGAUUCAAACUCUACAUGUCCUUGUUAAGAAAGGCAAUUACCAACACACAGUUGAGAUUGGCCCUGUGCUUCUAGAAAAGUCACAAAAUUUUGCAAAUGGAUAAAAUGGGUGAUCAGGAUUACUGCUCAGGUGAGCUAAAACAAACUUCAACAAAGAACUUAAUUGCAAUGACUUUUCAAAAAUAUUUUUAAUGUAAAAGAUAUUGAUUAGUGCCAACAAGUCCAUAUUUUUCAGGGAUAAAUCUUGUAAAACCACUUGAACAAAAAGUUACAGAACUAAAUGCCCAUACAGAUCAAACAGUACAAACAUUUUACGAAAAUAUCCUCAAAAGAGAAAACUUUCUAAACAAUAUACAUGUAUAUAAUAUGUAUCGUGAAAUACAAGUACAUGUAU